AUGGUUAUAAAUCGUCUCAAGUGGAAACUAGGUGAACCACAUGAUAACAUAUAUGGUUUUGCAGAAAGGAGAAGCGUUGCGGACAGCAUCGCCUCGCUCCUAGCGGAGAUAAACAACAUACCAGCUAUAGUAGUCUUUCUCGAUUUAGAAAAAGCAUUUGAGUUGGCUUCACCAACCUCUAUAGCUGACAAGCUGGUAACGAGAGGAGUCAGUGGCCGCUUUUGGACCCACGACUAUCUCACCGACCGCAAAGCUAAAGUAAAAUUCCAGGGCCAAGUCUCAAACAUUUACCAGUUUGAGAACGGCACACCGCAGGGAGGAGUCCUAAGCACCACGCUCUUCAAUAUCCUCAUGGAAGCUCUUGUGAGCAUGCCCUUCCACAGAAACGUCACUCUUCUCAGCUAUGCUGAUGAUCUGGCCCUCGUUUCUACUGGCCAGGGAGACAGAGUUGCCAGAGCGCAGACUGGCCUUGAUGCAGUAGCCACUGUAUGCAUGGACCUGGGGCUUAAGAUCUCAGCUGAAAAGUCACAGGCAAUGGCCGUGAUGACACCUACCCAUGAUAGGAGUCUCAGCAUCCAGGGUGUUUGCCUACAAUGGGUGCCGGCGUACCAGUACCUUGGAGUUUGGGUGGACCAAAGACUGACCUUUAGGAAAGAGGUAGAGUACCUCAAAGAAAGAACGAAGACGCGUCUAAGCGUCAUGAGAGCAAUAACUAACACUAGGGCUGGGGCAACCCACCGUGUGUUGCGACUGUAUUACGUACAGGCUGUCCGAUCCUUGAUUGACUACGCAGCAGUGGGGUUAGUGUCCCUUGCUGAUAGCAACAAGAAGAGCCUGGAGACAAUACAGAGUCAUGCAUUGCGAACCAUCCUCGGGGCUCCCCGAUGGACCAAUGUACUGGCCUUACAGAAUGAGGCUGGCUUACCUCCUUUAUCAAUGAGGAUCGAGCAGCUUGCAGCCACGUUUGUUGCCAAAACUGUUACCAGCUCCAUUAAUAACCCGGCUCGCCGGCGCCUUUUUGUCACUCUCCCACAGGACCACAGGCUCUUCAAGGAGAAGACUUGGCUGCGCAGCAUGGUGCACGCCACACAGCUAACGCUCCAUGACGUGGACCUGGUUGGAAGGGGGGAGGACAGACAGAUUGAGGGCUACAUGGAUUCACCACCAUGGACAACAGUGGCAGCAGCCACCAUCCACACAACUACGCUACCAUGCAAGAAGACACAGUGCCCGCGAUAUAUGUUUCUUGCCAGGGCCAAUGACACCUUUCUCCAGACAGGUACAAUAGGUGCUCGGGUAUAUUAUACAGACGGCUCUGUAGAUCCGAACACAGGUAGGACAGCCGCAGCAUUUGUGUGCGGCGAGGAGAGACAUGGCUGGAGGACGUCUGACCAUUGUUCCACCCUGCAAACCGAACUUGUAGGUAUAACCUCCGCUCUCUUACACGCCAGACAGCAUAACAACACACACAUAAUAGUUUAUACAGAUUCAAUGACAUCGCUGCAGGCCCUAAGACGCACCCCAGUCAGGGAUAACGUCAGGCUUAUUACCAUGACCAGGCUCCUGUUGUCUCGACUGAAAGACGAGGGCAAAACGGUGACACUGGCAUGGAUUCCUAGUCACAUAGGUAUUGAAGGGAAUGAAGCAGCAGACAAUGAGGCCAAUAGAGCACUGACACAGGACCAACCGUCAAUUAAUGUUUCUCUUAGCUUCCAACAGAUUAAGAAACUAGCACUGUCGGCUACCACACAGAGGGCACGAGAGCUGCGGAGAGAUGCAGAGGCGCAUUCCGCCACACUCCAGUGGCAGGCGCUAACGACCAAUGGCGAACCACUGGUGUUACCAAACUCCAUCACAAGGUGUGACAGAGUAAGUAUACAUCGAUUACGCUUGGGUUAUCCCACAGUCAGGUCGCUUGGUGAGGACUUCCAAGGAGAACACUGCAGGCACUGUGGGGACUUCUCGGAGGAACCUCUGAUCCACUAUUUGCUGGACUGCGAGGCAACGGGUCCGCUUCGAGCACUGGCAGCGAGGCACGGCCACGUAGAGAGCAGCGAUAGAUGGACAUCUGCAGCGAGACUGGUCAGGUUCGCAACAGACGACUACCAGAAACUACUGGAUCACAUACGAAGGUAUGCACCCCCUAGAUAG